AUGGCCUCUCCUGCAACUCACCAACUCCCAACUAAAAUCAAGUCGAUCCCUCAACCCCCUCAACGUCGGCAUUUUGUCUUCGCAGACCCAGUGGCUUUUAGGUACCUUGAAGAGGACUCUGCCACUGUCGUAAUCGAACGACAUGGGCGACUCAAAGGUUACGAACUGUACCUCGUCGAACAAUGGGCAUGCUCACGAGUGCAUCCAACCUUCGUCAUUACUACAUAUACAGGGGAUCCGAACCAUUCGGUACUGGUGGGCGUGUUGGGUGUACCUACGAACGAAGAAGAGUGGUCACCGAGGCUGCGUGUAUACUUCAAGGCUAUCUCUCAAUUCCAUGCCAGACCAAAGGAAACACCACUUGGAAUGCUUAUGGUCACAAACCUAAGUAGUUUUCCAUCUGCGUUGACUGUCAUUCCGGUACCCAAUGGAGACGUCAAAAAGCACAGGGAGGACUUCAUCAUCAAUGAGAACUUGAAACGUCUGGGAUGCUCUGGAAGAUCUGGGAUGAGCUUGACACCACCUGCAGGAGCUACGCAAGCCAAAUUCUUCCAGCUCUACAAGACUAGCGACCGAAUUCCGCUCUAUGGGGCGGUGAUUGAGCUAGUCAAGCUUUGUCAGGUAGCCUUGAUGAUAUUUGGCAAACUGGAACAAGAAUAUGCCGAUGGAAUGCUCUGCGAUGUGACAGAGAAGGCCAUCAAUGAUUGGUGGACAGAAAUUGGGUCUGAAUAUUACAACAUCGAACCUACAGAUGGAAUACUUGGCCCUACAACGGUUGCGGCGUUACUGGGUCUGCUCAUGGGUGCUCGUAACCGUCUCAACUACUACGGGGCUCCCGUAGCUAAAGAUGCAUUCGAUGUGUUCAGUCUAAAGCGUGGUAUUGCCUAUUUCCAAAAAUCCCAGAAACUGGAGCGCACGAGAAGGCUGGACCGAUACACUCUCAAUCAAUUACAUAAAGUCACGGCAAAAGCAGCUGCUGGCGAGGGAUGGGCCGUGCCAAAAGCGGUCAAGUCUACAGUCGCUGAGCUUAGUGGUAAGGGUGGAGAAAUGGUCAUGGGCAUGGUAGGGCGUGAUAAAGCCGGCAUUGGGGACAUCGAGACGCUGGAUAUCGACCGUUUUGUUAGUCUCAUACAUGGCGAAAGGGCAAAAUGGCUAUGGUAUGGCAAGCCAAGGAGGUCCGGCGCUGGAGAGGGAAGGUCAGAUGGGGAUUCAGCGAACUACAGCUUCACGAAGGAUGAUCAGGGAGGGUAUAUGUGGUCUCACCACAGAGGUGACUUGCCUCCUGCGGAAGAGGAUCCCGAGCUUCGAAAGAAGGAGAGAGAGACCCCUAAUGAUGUCUAUUCUGAGCAACCCCCUCCUGGAUCCGCUACAAGUGUGGUUGAUAGUCCUUACGAGCGGGACCCGCAAUUACGCAAGACGGUGUUCAAGAGCGUCACAGGAAAGAUGAAUGAUGCAAAAUCUGGCCUUGGUAGGAUAAAGGAUGCAGUUGGCCGCCGAGGACAUGCCAGCAAACAUUCAAAGGAUUAUGGGGCUGAAGUCGAGGGCCGAGGCCUGGGUGGGUACCUCACUCCAAACAGCUCCGCAACCUUGGCUCCGUCUUCAGGAGCAUCAGUCAGCCCUCAGACAACCGGAAAGGCCUUCACCUGGAAAAAUACCCCAGCAGAACAUCAAGCUGGGUCUCCGAAAGUGAAGGAUCCUGUAUCUGGGGUUGCGCCAACAGCUCGCGGUGGAGAGUCCGAAUCACUACCAAGUGAUUCAAGAGUCAACCCACCUACUGAGCCUGUGUCGCGUGAAACAUCGAAAGACUCUGAGGCGGAAGCUCGUUGGGCUGCACAAGUGAAGGACAUACGGCGCACUCUAGUCGCCAGUGAACCAUCGGUUGGGGGCUCAAUAUACGGGGAUGGUGAUCUUGAAGGUCCAUUAUUGGAGGCAGAGCGUACUCCGCACAAUUUCCAGAUUCUUCUUCGUCGGCGAAACAGCAUAUCUGCUGCAUCACCGUCAUCGAAGAGGCUUCGUAAUGAAGCCUGGUGGCCUCGGCAAAUGUCCUUCAGUGACGCAGAAGAAGCUGUUCUGGGAUGGGAGCCUGUCUGCGCCCAUGAUGAUGAUGGCGAUGAUGAGGCCGAUACCUGGGCUGCUUUACAGAAGCAGAAAUACAUCGCGGAAGAUUUCAAGCAUCUGUUUGAGAAAGUUACCUACCUUCAAGAUCAUAUUAGCCCUUGGGUGGAGCGGAAGGUCAACAGUGUAGAAGCACUGGAUGAUCAAGGGGCUCGGGAUCAGGACAGCUUUCACACACUCUAUUAUCAAUUGAGUGAGUCCUAUCAAGCAGUGAAGCAGAGCUGUCAAGAUAUACUGGGAGAUGAGCGAUCACAUGUGACUGAAGCGAUCAAAGAUAUAGAGGUCCUUGGAGCGAAGCUGGAUUACGAGAUCAACGCUCUGGUCUCUAAAGUAAAGGAUGUUGAGGAUGGAGUCUCUCAAUUUGAAAAGCAGGUCGAUGAUCUAGAAGCACGGGCGAAAGAAGUCGAGACAUAUUUAAACACUGAAAGCUGGGCACAUUGGGCAGUUCGCUCAAUCACUGGCAUCGGCACUCCGCCAAACAUCACCCGCCCUCGUCGACAAUAG